GAGUGAUAGUAGAAAUGGACUAGAUCUUUACGAUGGACACAACUACAACUGUGACGAUAGGGGCGGUCUCCUCGAAGAACCCAACCAUAACUCAGUUCCUUGCAUUACACGCGUCGACACAUGAACCUGAAACAGUGAGUGACGUCACGGCAGGGAAUAAUGACACGUGGUAUGUUACAACUGACGUACGGAAUGCCACAAUCGGUACGCAACCUUUGAUUUUGAACGUGACAAAUGGCUACGAGAACGUCAAGUAUAACACAACGAGCGAUACAACUAGUAUGGCGACUGGUGAAUUGAGUAGUCCAAGUGGCACUGGCCACCUGUUAUAUACAACCCGAUGGACAGUUACUGAUAACGCCACAUUUACGACGAUGUCCAUCUCAGAAGAAUGGGUAUGGUCUGCUAUUUCAUUCGAGUGGUGGGAGAUUAUCCAGAUUAUUUUAGCCAUCGUAGGCAUCAUUGGAAACUUUCUGGUCAUGUUGGUCCUUUUUCGUCGGAAACGACAGAGUUACUCUACAGAUACCCUGAUAGCGGCGUUGGCUGCCGCGGACUUCACGACGUCGGUCUUCGUCAUACCGCACCCGCAUGCGGUGAUGCUUCCGGAUUCGGCAUUGGGUCAGGUCUACUGUCGGAUCAUCCAUUCCUCUGUGAUCAUGUGGAUAUCUAUCUGUGCCUCCAUAUUCACCCUGACGACCAUCUCGGUUGAGAGGCUACUCGCGAUACGCUAUCCAUUCGUAUUUCAGCGCGUAUUUACAUCACGUCGCAUCGUCAUUGCGAUCGUCAUAAUCUGGCUCGUAGCCGUCGCUAUAAACUCGUUCAGUUUCUACAUCCAUUACGUUCAGGAUGGGACGUGCGUCACCGUCUUUCCGACGACAGCUAUCCAAAAGGCCAUCGGCGUAACGCUUUUUCUCGUGGAAUACGUCGUCCCCGUCAUCAUCAUGCUGACCGCACACGCGUUAACGAUAUACAGUCUACGCCAGAACGCGAGCCCGGUGACCCUCGGCCAAGAGCGAAUAAAACACGCCCAGAAGUUAACGAAGGCACGACAACGCGUCCUCCAAAUGCUCUUCAUCGUCGUCGUCACCUUCAUCGUUUGUUGGACCCCAGAUCAGUUCGGCUUUCUCGUGUUCAAUCUCGGUGUCGUUGGCAUCAAGCACCUCUUUAGCCCCCUCUACCGUUGCUUUGUUGCCCUGGCUUUCGCAAACUCCUGCCUCAAUCCCAUCAUCUACGCGUCCAGGAACCCACGGUUUCGGAAAGCCCUCACAGAUAUCUUCAGAGGCGUCUGCACAUCUAGUGGACAGUCACUCUUUGCGGGAUUCGAUGACCAUGAUGACAGCAAGGAAAUCAAUACAGGGGCUUCUGAAUUACCAACAAAUGACCAAUCCCAAUCGCAGGUUUAAGUAUUUCUUCAAUAAAGGCAAGCUUUUAUGCAACUUCUACGAUUGUCGUCUUUUAGUUGCUAAAUUGAAAACAGGAAAGUGGUUAUUCCACAGUGGUCAAACUUGCAAUGACUCUUGAUGCCCAAAAGGCACGAAAAAUAACCUACAUGUACAUUUGAUUCAUGUAUUAAAUACAGGAUUUUUUGUAUUGACUAGAAUGUGCUAUCGACGAUGAACUUGAAUUGCAUCCGGAUCUAAGGCUUUCUAAAGAAGGGGGGGGGGACAUUUUCUUUCAUAAAAAUAUUGUUAAUAAGCAACAAAAAAUGUGUUCACUCCCGACUGAUGGUGAAUUGUGUCAGAAAAAAUGGACGAGUAGAAAAAAAUCUUUAAUUUUCGUAUAUGCAUUUUCGACAUUUAGACACUUAACUCGAGCAUGUCGAGUGAAGGGUUUGCGUAGCAGACUAACUUAUUGUUCAUUAUCAUGAUUAUGGGGCGGCUGGUAACAAAUAUCCACAAGAUAUGUGAUACAGGAUUCAUCGCUAUAGGUUUCACAGGCCUAAUUCAGUUUCCAUAGACUCGUGUGUUAAAGUGGCACUUUUAAAAA